AUGCAGAGCCCCGAUGCUGGAGCACAGGGCGCCGAUGAGCAGCCCCAGAUGCCUCAGGGCGCGGACGGCCAGGGCAGCCUCGGGGCAGGCUCGGGUGCCGCCCGUGCCCCGCAGGCUCCGGGGCCGGCAGGAGGUGCCGCACCCGUGGCGGUGGCCUCGGGGCCCGAGAGCAAAGUGCUGCAGUGCACCCUCAGGGUGCCCUUCCUGUCCCCGCUGGACGCGAAUGUGGCCUGCUGGUUCCUGACCCCGGAGGUGGAGCCGCGCGUGCAGCUGGUCCGCAAGGAUCUCAGCGUGGUCGGCAGCGACCUGGUGGUCGUCAUGACCUCGGAAGAGCUGUGUUUUCUGCAAAUUUCCAUCGACGCCUUCCUGGACCAGCUUUUCCUGGUGACGCACAUCAUCCACCGCUCGGGCUCCUUCUGACGCCGGCCUCCGUGGCGCCGGGGCCCAACCCUGCCUGCCCAUGCCGGGGGCCCGGCUCGUGGCCGGUGUGGCCCUUGGAGCCCGGGGGCUCUUCCGGUCGCUGGAGGAGGGGUGCUUCAGUGUUGUUACCUGGGCAAGUAAA